AUGGCGCUGAAGCUGUUCGUCUCGGAGUUUGAGAACGUGGAAAACUAUGUCGUCACUUACAAGGGCACGAUGCGAUGCAAGUUGGCCAUGGAUCAGUUCUCAACAAGAAAGUCGUUUCAGCAGUUUGCGUCCGGGAUGAAGCUUACCAAGGAGCGCUGCGGCCUGUCCAAGCGAGGAUGCAUGAGCGUUACCAUCGUUGGCCAGUCAUCCGCUCUGGCGUCGCGUUCGCCCUGCAUCGCGUUGUCGACCUGUGCGUCGACGAGUCGAUCUGGGUGCUAUCACACGCACGAGACGGCAGUACCCACCGCGGCCAGCACUUCUUCGACCUGCGCCUACGCGUGUCCUACCGCGGCCUCCUGCUAA